GUUGUGGACUUGUGGAUAGAUGGGAGAUUCAUCCAAAUGCUUUCUUGAAUCCCUCAUCUUUUUUCUUGAAUAAUCAAACGAAAGAUUUCUACCUCGUGUGUGUUUACGAAUAAGCGUUUUGUAUAAGUCUUAGCAUCUUGUUGGUAAAGUUUCCACAUUUUCUUUCUCAGUCCCCUCCACCAUGUCAGAGAAUCCAUCUCUUCCUGCGCAGUCCUCCGCAUGGCGAAGCACCCUUUCUGGGAUGGUUGAUCUUCUGCAGCAUAUUAUGGCUAGCGGGGAGAUGAGCGAUGUGCAGUUUGCCGUCGGACGACAGCAUGGGGAACCCAAAAUCUUCACUGCUCACAAGUUGAUACUCUCCAUGGGUAGUGAUGUGUUUUAUGCGAUGUUCUACGGGGAUUUGGCUGCGAUUGGGGACAGGCCCGUUGAUAUCCCGGAGAUUGUGCCAGAUGCCUUCGCCAAUAUGCUCAAGUUUCUGUAUACGCGUUCGUUGGGCGAACUAACGCCCGAGAAUGUCUUGGAGACCAUCUACUGUGCUGAUAAGUACAAUCUCCCGUUUCUACUGGAACUCUGCUUACAAUUCGUCAACACCCAGCUGAAACCUGCCAACUGCCUAAUCUUUCUGGAAAAGGCAAAACAUUCGUUGCUGGACUGCGCGGCUGGCUUGGUAGAGAGGUGCCUGGCGUUGAUCGACACACACAGUCAAGAUGUUUUGAAGUCGGAACGGUUCAGUUCUAUCGAACAGGAUACUUUGGAAAUGAUUGUACAACGCAACAACUUGACCGCUGAAGAAAACGUCAUCUACACGGCCGUGGAGAAAUGGUCGGUGAAUGCCUGUGUGCGAGGCAAUCUGGAGCCGUCGCCGAUCAACCGCCGUGGGGUGCUGGGAUCGGCGCUGUUCUGCGUCCGUUUCCCGCUGCUAACCGAUGCGCAAAUGGCCAGCGGACCCGUGAAAAGUGGUUUGCUGCUGGAUGCAGAGCUGCGGGAUAUUUACCAGUUCAGUGAGUUCACGUAUUCCGACAAUGAACGGGAGAUCCCCUUUCCUACGGAAGCUCGUCAAUCCUACCAUGCUGAACUACAGGAGCAUGACGAAGUGUUCGCGGACUUUGGUUCUGAUGAAGAGUAUUGGCGCCCCGGGAAGAUUAUGGGUAUCAUCGAGGAAGGAAAAAACAUUAUUGUUACGCUGGAUGAAGGAGUAACCGCCAAGCUAUGUGUGCGCAGUCGGAUUGUUCGGGCUGUGGAUAUCCUGAAAAACGGGCAGAAGAUCAAGAUCAGGCGUUCGGGUAGGGAAGUCUCGUACAUUGGCCGUUGCGUGGAAAACGAGCACAUGGUUUCCUAUGAGCUAUCGAACCAUCGUCGUCUCACGCUUUCCCAUCCGUUUAUUGAAUUGGCGAUUAGCCGCGCCCAAAUGGCGGCUUGGAAAACGUCCAUUACCAUUACCCAGUCGAUACCCAGAACCUGAAGCGUUCCGCUAGUACAACUAGCAAGUGGCGUUUAUUACACCCAGGCUUACUCUUACACAACCAGCAUACACCCAGGCUUACUCUUCUCGUGUACCACAUAAUUAAGCUUCUGGGGCUAACGUUCGUAACUUCUUGCAGGCGCAGAACCGAAUUUUUUUAGCUUUUUAGCUUUUGCGCUGGCUGUUUCUCCUAGUUUUUUCGUCUCCUGGAAUAAAUCCUUUACUUGUUUGUGUAAAUCAAUAUUUUUUAGUAAUUAGGCUUUUUCCACGUGCGCUUUUACUACUUUAUGCGGCCCCAUCAUACGAUAAUUUUGCAAAACGGGAAAUCAAACAUAUGCAUUUGCGCUCCUAAUUAAGACCAGUCCUGUAGCGACUACGCGAGCAGCAACGAAUUCUAGA